AUGGAGUGUUCACUGACCCAUACACUCACUACAAAGCCCGAGUCCAAGCCUUCACAACCACCCAGACAUCCAGCUGGACCAAAUCAGGCUGGUUCCAGCCCCAAGUCAGACGCUGUGCUGGGACCUCCUGAUGUGUCUGUCUCUGGCUGUGGGAACUGUUUGAUCCUGCAGCUCAAACCUCCUGCAACAAAGGGCCUCCAGUGCAGCCUGCAGCUGGAGAACCUAUACAGAGGAGUGAUCCUGCAUGUGCAAAGGACCAGGGAUGGGGCACAGUUCAGACUGGAUCUGCUGUACAGUGAAGAGACAGUGAUCAUGUACCUGCAGCCAGGUGUAGAGUACUGUGUGAGCAUCUCUGUGACAGCACUCCUCAAAUCCAACCAUGUAACCAGUAAACCUCACUGUGCAUUCACCAGCCAUCCUCCAUCCAGAAGCUCAUUGUAUUUGGUUAUCAGCCUGCUGUCUUUUUUUUGUUUACUGGGCUUCCUCAUAACUUGAUUGGUUGUUAAUGGUGGUCAGCGGAGCUUCACAAUACUAAGACAACACUUAUCCACAUGUCUGUCAUACACAAGUUCAUCAUGAAGGGACCUGAAGAGCAGCUGUGAGAGGGAGAGGAAGCCUAUGAACUGGCACUAUCCCUAAAGAUCAGAGGAGCUAGAUUGGGGCAGCUAGUUUUAGAGCUGGCCGAAGCUCUGAGAGAAAAAUCUCUGGUUAAGUAUCAA